AUGCUCCCUGAUGGCCGUGUCUACCUCGCUGCCCAGCUAACUCCCAACAACUUUGGCCCAAUGGUCUUUGCUCCGGGUCCGCUUUCUCGACCAUUCUCAACCCAGGCCAGCCAAACCACUCAAAUUUCAGCAGUUCCAGCCCACAACACUGGUCAGUCAACUGUCGGAGGCGCAAAUGGCGGUGUUACAGCAUUUGGAGCCCCUGUUGGUUCUGUCUCUGGUGUCGUUGGUACAAACGCUCCGCAGGAGGCCAACGACACUGACAACAACGACAGCAACAACAACAACAGCGCCACCAACGUCAGCGAUAGUGCCAAAGACACCGGUCGUCAGCCCCAAAGCGGAUUCACCCUUCAAUACCCUUCCAUGUCUCUCGAGGAGGCACAAGCCCGCGCAAGAGAAGAUGCCCCUUGA